AUGGGGCGGCGAGCGCGGUUUCGGCGGCUCCAGCAGCAGCAGCAAUCCGAGGGCGGCGAGGAUGCCACCAAGCGCGGCCGGAAGCGCAGCGCGGCGGGCUGGGAAGGCGGGUACCCCGAGAUCAUCAAAGAGAACAAGCUGUUCGAGCACUACUACCAGGAGCUGAAGAUAGUGCCUGAGGAAGAGUGGGAGCAGUUCAUGGGGGCGCUUAGGGAACCUCUCCCGGCCACCUUGAGGAUAACAGGUUACAAAAGCCACGCCAAGGAGAUUCUGCAUUGUUUAAAGAGCAAGUACUUUAAGGAACUGGAGAACCUGGAGGUGGAUGGCCAGAAGGUUGAUGUUCCCCAGCCCCUGAGCUGGUAUCCUGAAGAGCUUGCGUGGCACACCAACCUGAGUCGGAAAAUCUUGAGGAAAUCCCCACAGUUGGAAAAGUUUCACCAGUUCCUGGUUAGCGAGACCGAGUCUGGAAACAUCAGCCGGCAAGAAGCCGUGAGCAUGAUUCCACCACUGUUGCUCCGCGUGCAGCCGCAUCACAAGAUUUUGGACAUGUGUGCGGCCCCCGGAUCAAAGACGGCCCAGCUAAUUGAGAUGCUGCACGCUGACAUGAGCAUCCCUUUCCCAGAGGGGUUUGUCAUCGCGAACGACGUGGACAACAGGCGCUGCUACCUGCUAGUGCAUCAAGCCAAGCGGCUGAGCAGCCCCUGCGUCAUGGUGGUCAACCACGACGCGUCCAGCAUCCCCCGGCUGCACAUGGACGUGGGCGGGCGGAAGGAGGCACUCUUCUACGACCGCAUCCUGUGUGACGUGCCCUGCAGCGGGGACGGCACGAUGAGGAAGAACAUUGAUGUCUGGAAGAAGUGGACAACGCUGAACAGCUUGCAGCUGCACGGCCUGCAGCUGCGGAUUGCAACACGAGGCGCCGAGCAGCUCGCCGAGGGUGGCCGCAUGGUGUACUCCACCUGUUCCCUGAACCCCAUCGAGGACGAAGCCGUCAUAGCAUCUCUCCUGGAGAAGAGUGAAGGUGCCUUGGAGCUGGUGGACGUGUCCUCGGAGCUGUCGGGCCUGAAGUGGAUGCCUGGACUCUCACACUGGAAGGUCAUGACGAAGGAUGGGCAGUGGUUUGCAGACUGGGAGGAAGUCCCACACACCAGGCACACCCAAAUCCGACCCACCAUGUUCCCACCAAAGGACCUGGAGAAGUUACAAGCCAUGAAUCUGCAGCGGUGCCUAAGAAUAUUACCACAUCAUCAGAACACUGGAGGGUUCUUUGUGGCCGUACUGGUCAAAAACUCACCUAUGCCGUGGAAUAAACGUCAGCCAAAGCUGCUGGGCAGAUCUGCAGAGAUCAGAGACGCUCCACAUCCCAGCCCGAAACAUCCCACUGGAGGGAAGGUCACGGAGCCGUCCGAGGCAGACAGCAAACCUCUUAGUGAAGUGGGCGUCGUAGAAGGAAUCCAGGGAAUGGAGGAUGCAGACAACGAUGGCAGCAAGAGAGACGGCGUUUGUGGUCCUCCUCCGUCAAAGAAAAUGAAGCUGUUUGGGUUUAAGGAAGACCCGUUUGUGUUUAUCCCUGAAGAUGACCCGUUAUUUCCGCCGAUAGAGAAGUUUUAUGCUUUGGACUCUUCGUUCCCCAAGAUGAACUUGCUGACACGCACGACGGAAGGAAAGAAGAGGCAGCUGUACAUGGUCUCAAAGGAGCUGAGGAACGUGCUGCUGAACAAUAGUGAGAGGAUGAAGGUGAUCAACACAGGGAUCAAGGUCCUGUGUCGUAACAACAGCGGGGAGCACUUGGACUGCGCCUUCCGGCUCGCUCAGGAGGGCAUAUACACACUGUAUCCGUUCAUCAAGUCCAGGAUUGUCACCGUGUCCAUGGAAGACGUGGUAACACUGCUGACCCAGGAAAAUCCAUUUUUCAGGAAACUCAGCAGUGAGACAUACAACCAGGCCAAGACCAUGGUGAAAGGAAGCAUCGUCUUGAAGUAUGAACCAGACGCCAGGAAACCAGGAACCCUCCAGUGUCCCAUUGUCAUGUGUGGAUGGCGUGGAAAGACCUCCUUCCGCACUUUUGUGCCCAAGAACGAGCGGCUGCAUUAUCUCAGGAUGAUGGGGGUGGAGGUGCUGGGAGACAAGAAGAAAGAAAGGCUUGUCCUCACCGAUGAGAGCACUGCUGGUGGUGGGCCAGCAGAGACCAAGAUGCAGGCGGAAGAGGCCAGUGAGCCAGACGGGGCUGCAGGCAGUGACGUGACUACAGAUGACGGCCCAGAUGGGACAGCAGGCGGUGGUACGGCUGGGGACGGCAGCCCAGGCAGGGCAGUGGGCGAUGAUGCACCUGGGAACGGCAGCCUAGAUGGGGCAGCAGGUGGUGAUGCGGCUGAGGACAGCAGCCUAGAUGGGACAGUGGGUGGUGACGUGGCUGGGGGCAGCAGCCCAGACAGGACAGCGGGCGGUGAUGCAUCUGGGGAUGGCAUGUCCCAGUAA